ACUUCACACGGAACGAAAACAAUCGCAUCGGCUCAGCCCAACCCUAAGCGAGUGAUACAAAACCAAAACUGAUAACAGUCAAACAAACUUCUAACGAAAACGCAACUCUCACAACCGGUCGCCAUAAUCAACGGCAAUGGCCUCCGGUACUCGUCCACUGAUAUCGAAGCUGUUGCUUGUCGCUGCCAUCAUUACAUUCAGUUGCAACUCGCUGUUUGUCGGAGAAACUGAAGCGGCAAACAUUUUGGGCAUUUUACCAACAUGGGCCAAAUCCCAUUACAUCAUCGGAGCGGAAUAUUUACGAGUCUUGGCCUUAGCGGGACACAAUGUGACCGUGGUAACUCCAUUCCGUUUGGGAGAUGCUCCUCCAAACUACCAUGAGAUUGUCAUGGAUGGAAUUCUGGAUGCAUCAGCUGGACUGGAGAAGAACUACUUCAAGUAUAAGGAUGGUUCUUUCCUGAUGAUCCUAUCGAUGUUGUACAACGACCUAGCUGACACAACCUGCAGAUUCGUUCUAAAACACCCAAAGGUCGUCACUCUGAUGAAGUCUGAUCAACAAUUUGACGUGGUGAUCGUGGAGACGUUCAUGACAGAAUCCAUAUAUGGAUUGGCUCAACACUUCAACGCUCCUUUGGUGGUGUUCUCGACGUUGGGAAGUAAUCUCUGGACCAAUGGACUUGUGGGAGCUCCCUCUCCGUAUUCGCAUAUGGCUCACUUGAUGCUGGGUUUCACGGAUCAUAUGAACUUUUACGAGAGGAUGAUCAAUACGGUGGUUGGUGUAGGAGAGCAAGUCUAUUACGAAUUGGUAUAUCUGCCCAGACAGAAGCGAUUCUACGAUGAAGCGUUUUCUCAUGCUAGCAUGAGUUUUGACCAGCAACUGAAGAAUACGUCGUUGGUUCUCUUGAAUCAACAUUUCGCGCUGAGUAGCCCUAGGUCAUAUCCGCCGAACAUGGUUGAAGUCGGAGGGAUUCAUAUUCGCGACGUUCGUCCACUACCGGAGGAUCUGCAGCAAUAUCUCGACGAAGCACCGGACGGAGUAAUCUAUUUCUGCAUGGGAUCUCAUAUUCAAUCCAAACAUUUCCCAAGCGACAAACGCGAUGCCUUCCUCAAAGUGUUCUCUCAACUUAAGCAGAGAGUUCUUUGGAAAUUCGAAGAUACCUCGAUCCCGGACAUUCCCAGCAAUGUCCUCAUACGGUCGUGGAUGCCCCAAAAUGACAUCCUCGCUCACCGCAACGUAAAACUGUUCAUCACCCACGGAGGUCUCCUCGGGACAACGGAAGCUCUGUACCACGGAAAACCAAUCGUAGGAAUACCGAUAUUCGGCGAUCAGCUGAUGAACGUCCAGAAGGCAGUUCGCUCCGGAUACGGCCUCAAGUUGGACUACGAGCUUAUCAACGAGGCAAGUGUCCGAGAGGUGAUUGAGACAGUUUUGAUGAACGAAUCAUUCACAGAGAGAGCGCGUGAAAUCUCCGGCUGGUAUCACGAUAAACCGAUGACGGCAGCCGAAACGGCUAUCUUUUGGACAGAAUACGUGAUAAGACACAGGGGAGCUGCUCAAUUGCGAUCGCCUGCGGUAGAGUUGAAGUCUUGGCAGUACUAUUUGCUGGAUGUGGGCGCCGUUCUGGUGGGGCUAUGCUUGUUUGUUUUUGCGAUGAUUUAUAAGUGUUUAGGAGCGGUUAGAGUAAUACUGGAUAAAGUGAAUAAAUAUAAACGCGAUUAAUCAUAAAACAA